UCCAGCCCCUUCCCCUCCCUCAGGGGUGCACAGAGCCCCUCCUUCUCAGCCCAGCCACGCCCUGUGGUGGCCUCAGGAGAGAACGUGUCCCUGGCAUGCAGCUCACAGUUUGCAGCGGGCACUUUGCACCUGCUGAAGGAGGGAGGUGCUGACCCGCCCGACACCGGACAUCGAGGACCCAUGGGAGGGGACAGGCCGUGUGCCCUGUCACAGGUGAGGGCCCCCAGCCCCAUCGUUUCCUGGACCCCUGACCUGAGCCUUGUGCCCAGCGUGUACAAGGAGCCCUCCCUCUCAGCCCAGCCGGGCUCACUCGUGCUCCGUGGAGACAGCCUGAUCGCCGGACACGGCUCCACCCUUUCAGAACUUCACCUUGAGUCCUGUGACCUCAGCCCACAGUGGGACCUACACGUGCUACAGCUCACUUGGCACCUCCCCGUCCCUGAUGUCACAGCCCAGCGACCCCUGGAGCUCCUGCUCUCAGGAGGCUCUGAGGAUCAGCUUCUCCCCCACACAGAGUCAGGCGUGCAGACAGGUCUCAAAUGGUACCUGAACGUCCUGAUUGGGGUCUCGGUGGCCUUCGUCCUGCUGCCCCUCGUCCUCCUCGUCCGACACCGGGGUCAGAGCAGACGCAGGAAGUCGGAUGUCAGGGAAUCUCGGCAAGAGAUGGGACCUCCUUGUUCUCUCCCCACCGGAUGCUGUCGUGGAAGACACACAGCCGGAGGACGGCAGGCAGCUGGUCAGGCUGCUGCAUCUGAAGCUCCCCAGGAUGUGACCUAUGCCCAGCUGAACCACUCGGCCCUCAGACGGGAGGCUGCACCCCCCGCCCCCCAAUCAGGGGAGCCCCCAGCAGAGCCCAGCGUGUAUGCUGCUCUCGCCGUCCGCUAGCCCAGGAAGGACCCAGACCCCACGCUCCAGGGACCCCCAGGAGCUGCCCGCAUAAAUGCUUAUACCGAACUCCAGCCAGCCUGGAGUCCUGACACGAACCACCAGGAGCUUCCGAGACCUCCUGGAAGCCAACUGCUUCCAGAACUCCAUGGACAUCACAGCUGAUUUUAUGGUCCCUACCAAGGUUCCUGACCUCAAGGACCCUACUGCCAUCAACACCUUGGGGUGAGGGAGGCCUACCACCCAGCCCAAGUAGGCUGCGAGGAGUUGGAUUCUUCUGCAGGCUUCACAGGCUUCGCAAAGAACCAUGAGCCCUCACUGUGAAGCUGGCCACUUACAUCACACUUGCAUCACACCCACAAAUCCCCCAGACCGGGACUAGUGUGCCCUGUGGCUGCAGCUGCUCAAUUCCAAGUGUUCCUCAUUUCCCGAGACCAAGCCCCUUCCUUCCCUGCCUGAGGCAGCUUCUCAGAGAAAAGGGAAGCCCGCCUCCCUCGGGACCAACAAUAUCAUCAGAAACUCCAAAUGCAGGGGCAGGGGCAGGGUUCCCCUGCGUCCUCUGCCUGGAAAUGACUCCUCGCCGCACACGCAAACGGAUGGCUGAGAAUUUCCUUCUGGUUUUGCCUCAAAGAACCUUCCUCAUACUACUACUGGUCUCCCUGCUGUGAUACGUUAUGUGUAGAGAUGUUUGUUAGGACACCGUAGCCCAGCCCUAAGAGGAAAAGGACCACCAUCUUGCAGGUGGUCUCAAGCACCUGAACAAAGCCGACCCGGCCCCUCUGUGCACGUGUGGAAACCCGCUGAAGGACGCAGCCUGCACUUCCCACCGCAGAAGGCUUGUGUUCAGAGCACGGAGGAAAAGAGGCACACCAAUGAACACCAGUUCUGAA